AUGGCCUCUCGCCCAACCGUCUCCAUCGCUUCGGCGGAUGGUAAGCCCAGCGGCUCUACCCACCCGCUCCCUACUGUCUUCCUUGCGCCUAUCCGUCCCGAUAUUGUCCAGUCCGUACACACUGGUAUCGCAAAGAACAAGAGACAGCCAUAUGCCGUGAGCGAGAAGGCCGGUGAACAGACUUCCGCCGAGUCCUGGGGUACCGGUCGUGCUGUUGCCCGUAUCCCCCGUGUCUCUGGUGGUGGUACUCACCGUGCUGGUCAGGCUGCUUUCGGUAACAUGUGUCGAUCUGGACGAAUGUUUGCUCCCACCAAGGUCUGGCGCAAGUGGCACCAGAAGGUCAACGUUGGCCAGAGACGAUUUGCUACCGCCUCCGCCCUUGCUGCCUCUUCCGUCCCAGCUCUCCUCUUCGCCCGUGGCCACCGUGUCGAGAACGUCCCCGAGGUCCCACUCGUUGUCGAUUCCAAGGCCUUCGAGGGUGAUGCCCUUACCAAGACCAAGGCUGCCAUCACCCUUCUCCAGGCCAUCGGUGCUGGCCCUGACCUCGUCAAGGUCAAGGAGUCCCGCAAAGUCCGCGCUGGUAAGGGUAAGCUGAGAGGCCGCCGGUACCGCCAGCGCCGUGGACCCCUCGUCAUCUACAACCCAGAAGUCGAUGGCAAGGAGCUCGUUAGAGCUUUCCGCAACAUUCCCGGUGUUGAGACCUCCUCCGUUUUCUCCCUUAACCUCCUCCAGCUCGCCCCAGGUGGCCACCUUGGACGUUUCAUUGUCUGGUCCUCUGCUGCUUUCAGCGCCCUUGACGAGAUCUAUGGCACCACCACCACCGCCUCCGCCCUCAAGAAAGACUUCCUCCUCCCCUCCAACAUUGUCUCUAAUGCUGACGUCACUCGCCUUAUCAACUCCUCUGAAAUCCAGUCCGUUCUCAGAGAACCCAAGGGUGAGGCCAAGACCAAGAGAGGAUGUGUCCAGAAGAAGAACCCUCUCAAGAACAAACAGGCUCUUCUCAGACUCAACCCAUACGCUGCUGCUUUCUCGAAACAGAAGUUGGGCCAGACUGGUAUCGAGACCGAUAAGGCACCUGAGCGUGCUCCUGAAAGCUUCCAUACGCUCUUGAACGAGGCAUAG